GCGAGCGAGCAUGCAGCGGGCCGCGCUCUUCGGCGGCGGCGGCGGCGAUGCGCAGAUGGCCGCGGGGGACGUGGGCGAGCUGCUCGUCCCCUACAUGCCCACGAUCCGCGUGCCCAAGUCCGGCGACCGCGUCUACAAGACGGAGUGCGCCUUCUCCUACGACUCGCCCGAUUCUGAAGGAGGCCUCUAUGUGUGCAUGAAUACGUUUCUGGGAUUUGGAAGGGAACAUGUUGAAAGGCAUUACCAGAAAACAGGACAGUGUGUAUAUAUGCAUCUGAAACGACACGUGAUAGAGAAGGUACCAGGGGCAUCUGGUGGAGCUUUACCAAAAAGGAGGAAUGCUAAGCUAUUUUUAGAUCUAGAGACAAAUGGUGAUCUAAGCAGUGAUGACUUUGAAUAUGAAGAUGAAGCAAAGCUUGUUAUAUUUCCUGAUCACUAUGAAAUUUCAUUACCAAACAUAGAAGAGUUACCAGCUCUGGUGACGAUAGCUUGUGAUGCACUCCUCAGCGCAAAAUCACCCUACAGGAAGCAGGACCCUGACUCCUGGGAAGAAGAGCUACAAGCAUCUAAACAUGCCAAAACACUCGUACAGUUAGACAAUGGUGUUAGAAUUCCCCCCAGUGGUUGGAAGUGCUCAAAAUGUGACCUGCGGGAAAAUCUGUGGCUAAACCUGACAGAUGGUUCGGUGCUGUGUGGGAAGUGGUUCUUUGAUGGCAGUGGGGGUAAUGGUCAUGCACUGGAACACUACAAGGAGAUGGGGUAUCCCCUGGCAGUCAAGUUGGGAACCAUCACUCCUGACGGAGCAGAUGUCUAUUCCUUUGACGAAGAGGAGCCAGUUUUAGAUCCGCAUAUAGCAAAACAUUUGGCACACUUUGGAAUUGAUAUGCUACAAAUGCAAGUGACAGAGAAUGGGCUAAGAGAUAAUGACAUCAAACCAAGAGUCUCUGAAUGGGAAGUAAUUCAGGAAGCUGGCAUGAAACUCAAGCCCAUGUAUGGCCCAGGAUACACUGGCAUGAAGAACCUUGGAAAUAGCUGCUACCUCAAUGCUGUCAUGCAAGCGAUUUUCAGCAUCCCAGAGUUCCAGCGAGCGUAUGUGGGAAACCUUCCAAGAAUAUUUGACUACUCCCCUCUUGAUCCAACGCAAGAUUUCAACACUCAAAUGGCUAAAUUGGGACAUGGCCUCCUCUCAGGCCAGUACUCUAAGCCACCCGUGAAAUCUGAGCUUAUUGAGCAGGUGAUGAAAGAAGAACACAAGCCUCAACACAAUGGAAUAUCUCCCCGAAUGUUUAAAGCUUUUAUAAGUAAAGGUCAUCCAGAAUUUUCCUCUAAUAGACAACAAGACGCACAGGAAUUUUUCCUACAUCUUAUAAAUCUAGUAGAGAGGAACCCCGUUGGUUCAGAAAACCCCAGUGAUGUUUUCCGGUUCCUGGUGGAAGAACGCACACAAUGCUGCCAGUCCAGAAAGGUCCGCUACACAGAGAGGGUGGACUAUAUCAUGCAGUUACCAGUUGCCAUGGAGGCAGCAACAAAUAAAGACGAAUUAAUUGCUUACGAGCUGAAGAGGCGAGAAGCAGAAGCUGCUGGGAGAGCCCCACCAGAGCUCGUCCGUGCCAAGAUCCCAUUUAGUGCAUGUCUACAGGCCUUUUCUGAACCAAACAAUGUAGACGACUUCUGGAGCAGUGCUCUUCAAGCAAAAUCUGCAGGAGUUAAAACUUCUCGUUUUGCUUCAUUUCCUGAGUACUUAGUGGUACAGAUAAAGAAGUUCACCUUUGGCCUUGACUGGGUACCCAAAAAGCUUGAUGUUUCUAUAGAGAUGCCAGAUAUACUGGACAUCAACCACCUAAGGGCCAUGGGUCUCCAGCCAGGAGAAGAGGAACUUCCAGAUGUUGCUCCUCCCAUUAUCAUUCCUGAGGAUCCCAAAGAUCAUAUGAUGAACCAUUUCAUGGAGGCUUUAGAUAUUGAUGAAUCUGCAGUUAUGCAACUAGCAGAGAUGGGUUUUCCUUUGGAAGCAUGUCGGAAAGCUGUAUAUUAUACAGGCAACGUGGGUGCUGAAGUGGCUUUCAACUGGAUUAUUGCACACAUGGAGGAACCAGACUUUGCGGAACCGUUGGCCAUAUCUGCUUUUGGAGGGAUUGCUUCUACUGGAGUGGCUGGUUUGGGAGCUGUUGGACUAGAUAACCAACCUCCUGAAGAGAUGGUUGCCAUUAUCAUUUCCAUGGGCUUCCAAAGAAAUGUAGCAAUUCAAGCACUGAAGACAACAAACAAUAAUUUGGAGCGUGCACUGGAAUGGAUCUUCAGCCACCCUGAGCCUGAGGAAGAAAGUGAGCCUGCUUUGGAUGUGAUGGAUAUGGAGAAUAGUGUUAAUGCCAACAUCCUCGCAGCAGCAGGGUCGGAGGAACCUAGAAUCAAAGAUGGGCCUGGAAGGUAUGAGCUAUUUGGGUUCAUCAGCCACAUGGGAACAUCCACAAUGAGUGGUCACUAUGUUUGUCAUCUCAAAAAAGAAGGAAGAUGGGUGAUCUACAAUGACCUUAGAGUCUGUGCCUCAGAACGACCUCCCAAAGACCUGGGCUACAUUUAUUUUUAUCACAGGAUACCAAGUUAGACCUCAGAUCUAUUACCGGGCCUUAUGAAGCCAUAGCCUUUUUAACCUGCCAAAAAAAUAUAAGAAAAGAUAAAAUCUAAAACCAACAAAACCCCUAGCCUUUGGACUGCCAAAAAGCAAAGGAAAACAUGGGAUAUUUAUAAUUUAUUUAAAAACAGUAAAUUGAUGCCACCUUAAAUAUUAGAGGGAAGAUUUCUAUUAGGAGAUGUACAGUAGGUUGUUUUAAAUUUAUAUACCUUAAAGGAUACCUUGAAAACCAUGCAGAUUACUGGUGUAGUCUGCAGCUAGCGUAUGGAGAAAACAGAUGUUUCAGAACUGAACAAAAACUCGUCAAUUCAGCCCAACUGUUGCCUGUUCAGUCCGUGUGUCCUUUGAAGACCUGGAAGAAAUAUUUGUAUCUAUGGUAGCUGGGAGCCCUUGCUUUCAAUCAGAGCCCAGACCACUUAGGGAAAUCAUAUCCCAUAUGAAGUGUAAGGGAGAGGAUCUGUGACUGUUCUUCAAAGCAGAAUGCGUCUCAUUUGAGAUAUUAUUUUCAUUACAAUAAGAAAAGUUGAUUAUAGCUCUAUCUGUUGGAAUUCAGUCAUAUAAUGUUUUGUCUUGCAUUUUUGAUGCCUAAAUUUAACAAAAUAAUGGAGAUGGAAGUGGUCUGCUGUCAGUGACGUGUGUUUUCUGCCAAAGAGAAAUAGUGGAUUUGAUUUUUACAGAGGGAAACUUCUCCAUCUUCUCUUGUUUGUUUUCCUUUUAUAACUUCUUCCAACAGAAUCAGGAUUAUAAAUGGCUAAAGGAAGCACUGACUUUAAAAGUAAAUGAAUACAGCUCAGGAAGAACAAGACUAUUAAUUUAAAUUUAUUUUCUGCUGAAGGAGCUAACGAUGGUGUUAAUGUCCAAUUAUUUUUUGCGAGGAAAUUUGCAUCUAAAACGUUGAUACUCCUACUGAAAUCAACUCCUUAAUCAACCUGGCAAAAUACUUGCAGUAUAAUUCUGCAUUCCACCAAAGAUUGCUUAUAUAUUUACAUUUGAUCUGUGAGUGGGAGAUAUUGCAUAGUAAAAUCGCUGAUUUAUUGAUUCUCUACCCUCUCCCCUUUUAAAGAAACAAAAACCAUGCCCUGUAAUGAUAUUUCAGCUGUGUGGAAACUUCCAAAUGCACCAAUAAUAUGAUCUGUUCAACAGGCACCUUCCAUAAGGGGAUCUAUAUUUUUUGGAGAGGAUGAAGGGAUGGGUAGGUAGGAGCUGGCCUUUCCUGCCCUAUUUUUUUCAUAUUGUUUGUUUUGAUUGGUGUUACAGGGAAGAGUAUAUCUGUGGGUUUUAAAUUCUAAUGAAAAACAUUUAUUCUGGGAAAAAAAUGCAAUGGUAAAUAUGAAACAUGUCAUGAUUCCAAAAAAGCCCAAAGGUUCACAGUGUGUUGGCUACUGCUUAGAGACAAUUGGUGGAAUUACCUUACAUAAUUUUACUGAGCCCUCAAAAUAAACUGGAACAGUCAAAAAAAAAAAAAAAAAAAAAAAAAAAAAAAAACAAACAAACAAAAAAAAAAAUCCAACCCUCUCUACAGUGUGAGAGAGGCCGUGUGGCGUAAUUACUUUUUCUCUGCAGUGAAAGCCUGCAAGUUUAAUAGCAAAAUCCAGGCAGCUACACACUACAGAAGAGAACACAAAAAUCUGAUUAUGAGUAAGGCAUUUUAUUUUUUCCAGCUUUGGGCGAGUGGGAGGGAAAUGUUCUCCCUCUGGUCAUAUAGCCUCAUGCUGAGCAAAAAGCACAGUAGACUUUUUUUGUUGUUGUUGUUGUUUUCCCCCCAAUUUUAUUUUUUUAGUUGAAUUCUGAUCUUAGCAGAUGAGAGAAAUUCUAUUGCAAUAAUUCUGUAGAGUGUAAAUGGUGCCUAAUUGCUGGGAAAGCUUCCUGCCUCUAGCCCUCUUACUGGCACACAAGAAUGGUGCUCAAGCACAUUGGUAAGUGGCUCCUGUGAGACUCAGCUGCCUCGUAAUUACUGAGCCGCCAGUUCUGGACAAAGUAGAAGCUGCUAGCUAAUUUUCUCCUUCUUCCAGGUUUUCUGUAUUUGUAUCUUUCACCCAGAAGUGCCAUGUUUGAGAAAGUGGGAUUAGCAAAUUAUAUGGUGACUUUUCUUGCAUUUAAAGUGAAGUGAAAGGCUCUUUCAUAGCUUUAUUUGUAUUUUUUUUUUUUUUAAUGCCCAGCUAUAUUCCAAGGAAGUUCAGCACAACAGCCUCCUUCUUGCCUCAUGAACUUAAAGGGCUAUUUACAGUCUGGUGACUGUUACCCUUUAUUCAGAGAUUAUGGGUAAGUAGAAGGAACAGAGUUGUUCCUCUGUUCGUUAUUCACCUGGAAACAUGGCUGGUUUCCCAGGAUUAAGGAUGGAGCUUGGACUCUUACAGACAGUCAGGUACAUACUAAAACUGAAAUGUCAGUGGGACUGAUAUUGAUUCCAGUUAAUGUCAGGCAUACUUAGAAAGCUGGCAGGUAAUUAGCUGGAAAAAAAAAAAGGUAAACUAAAGGGGAAGGCUAUUAUCUGGCCGCGGUAGGUGAUUUCAGCUUCUGACAUGCUUUGCAGUUCAGCACUCUAGAGUACCACCAGCCUAAGCUACCAGGUGGGUCAGAAGAGCAGGGAGCAAUCUAGAGCAAAGACUUACAGAUUUUUUAAAAAAUGUAAUUUUUGGAAAAUAUCUCUUUGAGGAUCUUUCUCUUUAAUCUCUGAGAGUCAUGGCUUCCCUCCUUUAUCAAAUGACCAGUUGAGUCGUUUCACUCUUAUAAUGGGAUAUGGGUGAAGAACAUCAGCAGCUCUGGGGGAGCAGGAUGUACCUCCUGACUCUUUAGCCUAACUUAGGAAAGGGGGUUUUUAAAUUAUUUUAUUUUAUUUUGUCCUGCAGAAUUCACAAUAAAACAGACUUUAAUGAAUAGAUGAGUAAUAUCUGAGGCUGGGAUUAUUUUCUAGGCUAAAGACUGUGUGUGCACUUGACUGUGCUGGGCCAGGCCUUAGGGUGCAACCUGAGCAGUAGCUGAUGGGAAUCUCUGUGUGUCUGGCUACUCGAAUGAGUGUAAGAGGGUUUUGAGUGUACCGUGAGAUUCUUCCCCCCAAAAAAAGGAUCGGGGGAGAAAGAUCACUGUGAGGUGUUUGAGACAAUCUAGCCUGAGAACUAUGGCAAUCCAGGGGCUGACAUCAAAUCAUGCUCUUAUUUCUAGGACUGAUUUUACAUGUUUGUAUGAUGCAUUUUAGGUUAGGAGAGCAGAAGGAAGGAGAACUCAGCAACAUUUCCUUUUUCUUUCCAUUUCUCUUCCCAUUUCUCGCAGCACACUGGGCUUCCAGUAGAGCCUCAUUCUGAGUACACACGCAGACAAAGUCCUUUUUAAGCUUCCUAGCUGAAAUAUGAUCAGGAGAUAAUAUUUUAAUUUAUUCAAAGCUAUAGUUUAAAACAAAUUCAGAUAUUUUUGGACUCCUAUCACUUGUAAUUCUACUGGGUUUGGUAGUAUUACUCCUGACUUACAUUGGUAUAAAUUAAAUGAGAAUUGAUGUAGUUUCUUUAGUUUAGGCAGCCUCCUUGAGCUGUCAUGCAGGUUCUGAAUCUGGAUACAACUGGAGCUCAUUAGAGUGUUUUAGAAGUAUCUCCAAUUCAUUCCUUUUGUUUUCCAUCCUAGUGGCAGCCAUCCUUUCUUUUUCUUUCUUCUUUUUUUUUUGUUUGUUUUAAUGCAUUAAAAGACUAUGCAAAAUAUGUAACUGGAUAGAACUUUUUAUUCUCUUCCUGUCCACCCUCUACCAUUAAUGACUCGGAGCAGUUUCUGAUUUCUGUUCACUUUUCUGAGGUUUUACUGUUGUAUUCUGGAAGUGUCUGUACAAGUUGAUUUUUGCACCGUUCAGGAUUGCUUGUUUGAAGCACUGUUAACAAUUUGGAGAGUGUUUGAGAUGAGAAAGGUUGUGAAUGACAUUGUUGCAACUGUUUUAAAUUAAAAAGAAAUAUUCGCACA